AUGGAUCCGAGGCAACGACUACACGAAAUCUAUCCAGGUGGAGACAUUAUCCACCCACCCCCGUUUCCAAAGCGUCCAGAUCUCUUCAAUGGAGCGCCUCUAGCUCCAGCGUUGACCGAGGACAACGCAUUUCUUGCCCGUCGAUUUUGGCAGCAGCCCGAUGAAUCCCUUGGACGUGCAUGGAAGGUGCAUGCCAAUCGACCUUAUCUACGAGUAACCGAAGAAAAAAACCCGGAAAUGCAUGCGUUGGCUCACAAUGUCUAUGAGCACCUGAUGAGCAAUCCACUUCUGCCUAUUUCUCGCGAGAAUGCACGACUCAGAUUCACAGCGGAGGGCUUGGACGAGACGUAUAAUGGCGUGCAGGGGCUAGACGCAAUGGCACAAAGAGUGUUCAUCCACGGCCUCAACGUCAGAGACCCGGAUAUUUGGACGAAGGAUGCACUCACAGACGAACUGACAUCAAGGGGGUUAAGCACAGACGGGAGAAAAACCGAUCUUCAACGUCGUCUAUGGGAAUACGAAUGUGAUGAGCGCUUUGGGGUCUCGAGACAAAGCAACCUGAGUCACUGGGGUAUCCAUCGUGAACCAAGGCCUGUAAUGAGCCCUGCUACGAGAACAGAUAUGUCUGCACUUGAAAUGUACACCGCGGCGAUUAAACUGAGCCCGUACAACCCAACUUACUGGAACAGCCGUGCGUAUUGCCAUUAUCUGCUGGGCCAUUUUGAUCUCGCCAUUGGAGACGCCUAUCGUGGAGAACUUCUCUGCGAAGUGUUGACGACAGCAAGCCAAAGGAACAAGCGCCCUGGGAUGUAUACCAGAGUUUGGGACGCCAUUCAGCAGCACCUGAUGGUGGAAUUGAAGAUCAAGGGAGUCCAAAUGACAUGGGAAGUUGUGCAAAUGAGGAAGGCAAAUGGUAUCAACUAUUUCAUUCCAACUCUGAGAAAUUCCCUUCACAGUAUCACUAGUCUCAGCCUCGCAGCACUGAAUUGUUGGGAUGAUUUCGAAGACCAUAUGCAGGGUCAACUCCAAAGACCACUACAACACCGCGACGUAUCAGUCCCCAAAAAGCGGAUGACAGUGAGCGCUCUUGUGAGAGCGGAGAUCGAGCACAGGAGAGAGAAUCCCUCAGCGCUUCAUCCAUCCCUUUAUGGACACGAAUGGAGCCGAGGAUGGAUCUCAGGCGCCGAUAAAUAUCCAUACGACCAAGCGGACGUGAGACGGGAAGCACCGCAUUUCAUCAAUGCACUUAAUGCAAAUAUUUUCACAGUUAAUGCUAGUGCUGGGAAGUCUUCCAAAGAGAUAUGCCAAGUACGACCAACACUCACAAAGGACAAUUCCUUUAAUGGGUUGGGAGUCUUUGCCACUGCAAGCAUCAAAGCAGGAACCCUGAUUCACUACGAGGAACCUGUUAUUCGUGGAAACCUCAUACCCAACAGGCUGCUUGAUGAUGAAAGUGAAGACCCCCUCCACGCCCCACGAUGCGACAACUGUCAAAAGGUGAUUGACCCACACGAGGUUCGGCAUAUCGAGCAGAACUGGGACUCCAUUCACAAACCAGUGCGCACUCUGGGAUGGGGACACCCGCCUACUUGCGCGUGCCUUGACAUGAUGUGUAAUUGUUCGGAUGUAGGAUACUACAGAGCUACGAGGGGCGCUCUGCUAUUCUGUUCUUCCAACGAUGCAAUAUCAGACGGCGUGGCUCCCCAUUGCUUGGCUAUUGCACGCGAGACAUACCAUUUCCAAGAAUUCUGUGGCCUCGAUUGGGGCUGGUUGCACGAUGCCAUGCGACCUAAUAAAGUGACGUGGGGUGGAUCGCAGUAUUUUACUCACACCAAUGAACGCCACGGGACUGUUUUGAGUCUACUCUUGAAAAGCGUGUUCGAACUCACGCUCCACCGCCGCCAAGAGGACCCUGAUCUUCUCGCGCAUGAAAUUAACGAACUCCUCGUUCUGGAGGCAGGUACUGACACGAACGAGCCGUGGAGAGACAGCUGGUUCCCUUUCACUCUGGCUGGUAAUAUCCAGGUACCUUUCGAUAUCCUCUUCCAUCUCGGAGUGGACAUCUUCAGCGACCUCUCAUUCGACACUUGGGUUAUUCAGACCGUGCUGCGGAAGUUACUGGUCAAUGCUGUUCCCUGGGAACAUGAACGGCGAGGUUCGAACUCAACGUUCAAUGACCGGGAUGGUCCCAAGCCGGUGCUACACCCAACCCUACAGUCUAGAAUGAAAGACAAAAUCAAAGACAUCUCGGCAAUGGAGCCAUCGUUCGGAAACUUCUACCUCUUCCCUGGAUUAAGCAUGUUCAAUCAUUCCUGUCGCCCCUUUGAGAACGCUCUGUGGGGUUAUGACGACAAGGUCCCCAACCGCAUUGUCAUCUGGGCGAACAAGGAUAUCAAAGCAGGGGAAGAGAUUAGAAUUCCCUAUCAACGUUAUAGGAUCGCUGAUGCUAUAGAUAAAGACGCCGAUGUCAAUAUGCACGCCGCGCAGCUAUUUGGAAAGAAUUGCGAGUGCCCCAGAUGCGAAGGCAGGGGACUUGUCCCUUCUGUUGAUAAUGGGAAGGCCAAGCCCAUGCCUAAUAGCGACGCCUCUCAGGAUGACGGGACUGUUGGUUGGACACCAGGCCCUGUGAUUAUUCCCCCAAAGCAGGAAACUUGGGGUGGUGUUCUCGGAGAGGACAAUUCUGAGCUUGGUGAAUAUAUGAAAGAGUAUCAGGAGAUUGUGGAUGAUAUCUACGACCAAUAUUACGACCUCGAUGACGUGGAAUCCCAGGAUGGCAAUGAGGAGAAGGACAAAGUAGCGCAUGAUAAGGAUGAGGCCAAUGAUAGUGAGGCUAAACGUUAA